AGCGUAGGUGCCAGGGGGCUCGGGCAAGGCAUCCAUCCACCACGGUCUGGCUCUGGGAGGCCUCGUGGGAGGGGAGCAUGAGCACCUGAGUGUCGUGCACCCUGCAGGAGGCGAGGGCCAUCGUGAAGCAACAGCUGUGGGCCCUCAGGGCAUCCCAGGAUAUGAAGAAGCAGGGCAUGGUACCGUUCCUUGGAGUGUUUCUGGAUGACUUGCUCGCAGACCAGCUCCCGGAACAUGAUGAGGACGUCACUAACAUCCUAUAUCAGAUCAUGAUGCACAAGCGUGUGGCCAGACUGUAUGACCUGGAGCCCAAUGAGCGCUUCCAGUCCUUUCUCCAGACAGUGGAGCUCCUGGAUGAGGAGCAGAGCUACACCCUGUCCUGCCAGCUGGAGCCCCCAGGCCAGGGGCCCGGCAAUAAGGGAGUGUUACAGUUAUACAGGUCCCACGUUUAAACGUCCUGGCCAGGGCCAGGUGAGUUUCUGGGCUGGGGCGAUCGGGAGGGGGUGGGCUGUUCCCCAGCCUCAGGGAAGCUUCGGGCCAUGCUGGGUGUGGGGGCGUCCUAAAGACGGGUGCGGCUGGGGUCCCAGCUCCA